UGUACUCACCAGUUCCAAAAGAAAGCUGUUCAAGGAGGGAUGAUGGAAGGAAGAUGACCCCCGGGAUUCUCAACUAGAUACUUAUAGAUCUCAAGUGGCGACUGCAUCCGGAUACCAUACACUUUCAACCUAUCGAUUGCGUCUUCUCAGAUAAGCUUUCUGCAGCCCCGACUGUCCCAUGGAUUGAACCCGCUGUGGCUAGAUCUCUCCAUCGUCCCGGAUUCAGCCAACCAAGACGAGUGGCUGAAAUGCAGUCAUUAUUGGCGAAGAAUGUUCCGUGAAGAAAUAGAAGUCAGUAAGUAUGUAGUCACGUGCCGGAGGUUCUGGUCAUUGACAAUGCUCACAUGCCAGGCGGCUCGCAUCGUCGUGGCUGCAAACGGUCAGAUACUAUAUCAAGAUUGACUAAAACCACGGUUUCGACUGGCAAUGUUCAAGUCUAAUGCUACCGUCGCCAGAGACCUCACGCCAGGAUUCAGUUGUAAUUCUGACUGUCGAGUCGCAGAGUAUUUUCUAGCGAUGUGUACUAAAGCAGUGAUACGCAGGACCCCGAGAGUCUGGAGCGUCUAUGGAAACCGAGUUCGCCGUACGCAAGCAAGACAACUUGUGAAUGAGCGGCUUGAUCCCAUAACUCCCGCAUUAAAAGGAAACAGAGACGAUAAUCGCGCCGGGUGUUUCUUCGCAGGAAAUCCAGUGGCACAUGCUAUUAUUCCUCUACUGCGAGGUGGGAUGUUAAUUUUAAUCCACGAAGAACCUGAAUAUGCCGAUUUCAAGGUGUCUUCUCGAAGACUGCGAGCAAGAGAAGCCGGGCAGCUCUCAGGAAUACCACGGCAAUUAGUCCACGCAAUCAACUGGAUUAUGUCAAGUCUCCGUUCAGUUCCUCCUGUUUUUCGACUCUCGUUCACUGACAGUAUAACGUUCCAACCAGUUCUCUCGAUCUGUUUCCACUGUAUAUCUUAUGUCGACUUGAGACUUCGUGUGUGUGAUCCCGGCGCUACAUUCAUUGCCACGGGAUCUCCUCAACAACCCCAUUCACAGUGGUCAGAACAUCAAUCGACCACGGAAAUGACGUGUAGUUGUACUUCAGCCGCUGGUAUCUUUCAAUGUAACGUAUAAAUACACCUCGAUAUGUCACGUCGUGACGGUCAUUGUUGUUAUGGCGUUUAAUUCUGAAGUGACGCUCU